GGCCGACAGGUUAAAUGUUUGCGUGAAGCUGAAUGUGUUUGCUGUUGAUCGGCAGGUGGCGGUUACCGGAUGUAGCCGAAUGUAACCGGAUGUGGCCGAAAUAACAACCGCAAUGUUGAUUUAAGACACAGAACAAGAUAAACCACGGUCAGAAUAGGCGUUUGUUUAAUUUUACCACGAAUAUAACAUAAUUGACUAUGUAUUAUUCCAUUUAAAUGUCGUUAAGUUGAGCUGCUGUCUGCCGCUAAACGUCCCAUCGGCGGUGUCGCUUUACGCUGAAAUCCACCGUCAGCUUCGCGCGUCGCUGCUAGCUUGACGGUCGGUGCGCGCACAUCAGCUGUACGGAGAGAAACACUGACCCAGUUUACUGCACCGGGGACGGCACCGACGACGACACAACGGAACACGGCGACCGACCCGGAGAGACGGUCCGACCCGCUCCCUGCCACCCCAGAAGAAGCAGUGCGUGGGAUCUGGUGUCAUUACAGAGGAAGCUCCAUCAGCGCGUCUGCUCAGAGGCCAAUACUCAGCUGACAAGUGUGCCGAGAGGGAGGACGAGCAGGAGGAACGAGGCAGAAUUUGUCCUGCUCGCAUUUGAAAGGGGGGAUUUGGUCACAGAGAUCAUUGUUCUGCUGAAGCCUCUCAGGGGAGAAGCCACUGAGGAGGGGGUAAUGGCGGAGCUGUCAUCAGCCCAGGUGACCGAGGGCACCUGAGCGUUACUGCUGCAGCUCGCAGUGAAAGUCAGCAGCAGCAGCAGCAGCAGCUUCUGGACAUUCGCAGUAAAAAAAAAUAAAAAAUCCACCCUGUCGCGGAUUCAGCAACUUCAGAAACGAGGAGAAACAACGUGACUGCUUUUUCUGCCGUGGAUUAUUUUUACCUGGAGCUUCUUUUUCUUUCUGUUUUGGUCGCCUACCUGGGCGAGAAAAACAAGCACAGCGGGUUAAAUGAGUGUUUGUGGAUUUAUCUGAGCUGUGAUUACAGCAGAGGAGGAGGCUGCCGGAGCUCAGCGUCCAUGUGCAGGAAUGAAGAGCGACAACACAGCGUGACGUCGGAGCAGCUGAGCCCUGCGGCGGCCAUGUUGGAUCUGUUUCUCAGCGUGCUGGUGUUGACCCGUCUCCACCCGUCGCCUCACAGCACCUCCAUGCCAACCUAACUCCUCCUCCUCCUCCUCCUCCUCCUCCUCCUCUCUUCCUGCAUCUUUCUUCCACCACCUGGCCGGGAGAAAGGUCCUUGGUCCUUGUGGAAAAUGUCCUAUGCACACCACAAGCUGCUCACCUGGAGCUUACCUCACCUCCUCCUCCUGCCGCUGACCUACCUCUGGCUCUUGGCUCCUCCCACAGGUGUGUCAGCGGAUCUCUGCCGGGUCACUGGUGGGGUUCUGGGGAUCCACUGGAGCAGUGUCAUCAGCCUGGGCUGGUACCCUCUGGCGGACGGGCGGGCCGGCGCCACCUGCUGGGAGUCGUGCUGCAUGGAGCCCAAGUGUAACGCCGUGUGGAGCCUCGGGGGGCGCUGCGUUCUGCUGAGCUGCUCUCGGAGGAGGGGCUGCGCCAUCUCCUCGCUGCCCCAGCCCCACGAGGAGUCGCUGGGCCUCCUGCAGCUCCUUGCCAAGGGUCCCGUCAGAGUGCGGCGUAGAAAACCUCGUCACACAACACACAGUGGAAGCCAAAAAACACACACAGGACAGAUUACCAGCACGGAAAGCUCCAAACUGGGAACAUCUCACCCGACUCCAUCAGCAUCCAGCACCAUCACACUUGUCCAAAUAUCCCAAAAGAACCACAGCCAGACAGCCAACGGGAGCUCCGACGCCGUUCCUGCUUCAUUGCCGCAGAACUCGACGGUGGACGACACCAUCGAUGCUGCAGCGUCUUCCAACAGCACCGACGGCGGCGGCGGCUCACCGACGGCGGCCGCCAACACCGUAACCACAGCUCCGACUCAGAGCG